CUCUCAGAGCCGCUACCUGGGUCCCGCGAGCUCCCUGCGAGCCCAGCCGGCUGCAGCGAGCCGCCGAGUCAUCCUUUCCAGCCCGGCUGGAAAAGCUGGACCGGCCGCCGCCGCGUGUGCUUUCCUGGCAGCCGGCGCGGGCCGCGGCCACAUCAUCCCGGGGCGGGGAUGCGCGCUCGGGCCACGUCUGUGCCGCCGGCAGGGCCGCCCGGGGUGGGCGAGCGGCUGGGGGCGGGACCUGGCCGGGACCCCGCGCGGGCUCUAGGACCCGCGGGACGCCGGCGGCGGCGGGGAGACAGAUUUGCUCCGUGGGGACGGGACGGGCCGCCGGCCGCGGGUCCGGGUCCGUCUCUCCGGCUCCGCGCUCGCUCAGGACCUCCGCGGGCCGCGCCAGCCGCUCUGCGGAAAGUUUGUGAAUGUGAAAGCCUGGCCCGGUCCGGAGCCGACUCCCCCGAUCCCCCGGAGGGAACCCCGGGCCCGCCGCCCGGCGCGCUCGCCGCCCGCGUGGCAUGGUGCGCGCCCGCCGCGGGGCACGGGGAGCCGCUGCCGGAGGCGGAGACCAUGGCCGCGCGCCCCCCGCCCGCGCCCCCCGCCCGCGCCCUGCUGCUCGGCCUGGCCGCCGCCCUGCUGGCGCCCCGCGCCGCCGCCCGAGGCCUCGCCGUGGGACGCACCGUCGCGCCUGCUGCUCCGGCCGGGACGGAGGACGGGGCCUCGGCCUAUGAGGUGGUCCGCGCCGCGCUCUGGGACGGAGACUCCUGGCACCCGCUGCCCAGCGCCAGCGGCAAGGAUCACCCGGAAGUGCUGACGGUGCGGAUACAAGGGCAGAGCGAGGAGCUGAUCGUGAACCUGGAGCGAAAUGAAGGCCUCCUUGCCCGCGGGUUCACGGAGACCCACUACCUGCCGGACGGCACGGAGGUGUCCCUCGCGCGCAAUCACACGGGUCACUGUUACUACCACGGGCACGUGCGCGGCCACCCCGGCUCCACCGCCAGCCUCAGCGCCUGCGCCGGCCUCCGGGGGCUUAUUACGUUUGCAAAUAGAAGCUACGUCCUGGAGCCGAUGGACGGCGUCACAGACAGACACAAGCUCUUGGCGGCCGAGGCCCUGGGGGGCGCCUGGGGGGCGUGCGGAUCGGGCCCCAGCGCCGUGGGCCCCACGGCAGGCGGCGGGCACCCCCCGCCCUCCCGGACGCGGCGUAAGAGGGAGACCCCGCCGAUGACCAAGUACGUGGAGCUGGUGAUCGUCGCCGACAACCGCGAGUUCCAGAGGCAGGGGAAGGACCUGGAGAAGGUGAAGCAGCGGCUGAUAGAGAUCGCGAACCACGUGGACAAGUUCUACAGGCCGCUGAACAUCCGCGUGGUGCUGGUGGGCGUGGAGGUGUGGAACGACAUCGACAAGUGCCCCGUCAGCCAGGACCCCUUCGCCAGCCUGCACGAGUUCCUGGACUGGAGGAAGGAGAAGCUGCUGCCGCGGAAGUCCCACGACAACGCACAGCUUGUCAGCGGGGUGUACUUCCAAGGGACCACCAUCGGCAUGGCGCCCAUCAUGAGCAUGUGCACGGCCGAGCAGUCCGGGGGCAUCGUCAUGGACCACUCGGACAGCCCGCUGGGCGCGGCCGUGACGCUGGCCCACGAGCUGGGCCACAACUUCGGGAUGAACCACGACACGCAGGAGCGCGGCUGCAGCUGCCGGACGGCCCCCGGCAAGGGCGGCUGCAUCAUGAACCCCUCCACCGGGCUCCCGUUCCCCGCGGUGUUCAGCAGCUGCAGCCGCCAGGACCUGGAGGCCAGCCUGCAGAAGGGCGUGGGGAUGUGCCUCUUCAACCUGCCCGAGGUGCGGCCGGCCUUCAGGGGCCGCAGGUGCGGGGACGGCUACGUGGAGGACGGCGAGGAGUGCGACUGUGGGGAGCCCGAGGAAUGCACCAACCACUGCUGCAACGCCUCCACCUGCACCCUGACGCCGGGCGCCGUCUGCGCACACGGGCUGUGCUGCGAGCACUGCCAGCUGAAGCCGGCGGGCACGGCCUGCAGGGGCGCCAGCCACGCCUGCGACCUCCCGGAGUUCUGCUCGGGGGCCGGCCCACACUGCCCGGCCAACGUGUACCUCCACGACGGACACCCGUGCCACGGCCUGGACGGCUACUGCUACAACGGCGUCUGCCAGACCCACGAGCAGCAGUGCGUCACGCUCUGGGGGGCAGGCGCCAAGCCCGCCCCCGGGAUCUGCUUUGAGAGGGUCAACUCGGCUGGUGACCCCUACGGCAACUGCGGCAAAGACGCCAAGAGCUCCUUCGCCAAGUGCGAGACCAGAGACGCCAAGUGCGGGAAGAUCCAGUGCCAAGGAGGCGCCAGCCGGCCGGUCAUCGGCACCAACGCGGUUUCCAUAGAGACCAACAUCCCCCUGCAGGAAGGCGGCCGGAUCCUGUGCCGCGGGACCCACGUGUAUCUGGGCGACGACAUGCCGGACCCGGGGCUGGUGCUGGCCGGCACCAAGUGCGCGGACGGGAAGAUUUGCCUCAAUCGCCGGUGUCAGAACAUCAGCGUGUUCGGUGUCCACGAGUGUGCGAGGCAGUGCCAUGGCAGAGGGGUGUGUAACAACAGGAAGAACUGCCACUGCGAGGCCCACUGGGCGCCCCCCUUCUGCGACAGGUCCGGCUUCGGAGGCAGCACGGACAGCGGCCCCGUCCGGCAAGCAGGUCACCGCGGCCUCGCCGCCGGCGUGCUGGCCAGCGUCCUGAGCCUGCUCGCCGCCGGGCUCGCCGUGUAUCUCAAAAGGAAGACGCUGGUCCGGCUGCUGUUCACAGACCAGAAGACCCUGGAGAAGCUCAGGUGCGUGCGCCCCGCCCGGCCCCCCGGCGGCUGCCAGCCCGGCCAGGCUCCCCUGGCGCCGCUCAGCAAAGGCGGCCUGAGGAAGCCGGCGCCCUCCAGCUCCGCCACGGAACCAGCGAUGGAACCUGCAACCCAGGACAAUCCCAAGAGGCCGCCACAGGCUCAGAACGUCGCCAUCAGCAGGCCCCUGCAGGCCCCGGACCGGCCCCGGCCCCCCUCCCCGCAGCGCGUGCUCCCGACCCUGCACCAGGCGCCCCGCACGCCCAGCGUCCCCGCCAGACCCCUGCCGGCCACCCCUGCGCUCAGGCAGGCCCAGGCGGCCGGGAAGCCCAGCGCCCCGCAGAAGCCCCUGCCCGCAGUGCCUCUGAGCAGGACGGCCCGGCCCGCCCACGCCCCCGCCCGCGCCCCGGGCCCGGAGCUGGGGCUCCGCCUGGCGCCCCUCAGACCGGCUCCCAAGCGCCCACCCCCCGAGACCCGGCCCGCCCACACCGCGCCCUCCCAGUGAGCAGCUGGCACCGCCCUGUGGACAGUCUGCGCUGCCGUUCGGCUCCGGGAGCCCCUGCACCAGCCCCGGGGAGCCCCGUACCAGCCCCGGGGAGCCCCGUACCAGCCCUGCACCAGCCCCGGGGAGCCCCACACAACCCCGGGGAGCCCGCACAGCCCCUGGGAGCCCCACACAAUCCCGGGGAGCCCCGCACCAGCCCCGGGGAGCCCCGCACAGCCCCGGGGAGCCCCACACAAUCCCGGGGAGCCCCACACAACCCCGGGGAGCCCGCACAGCCCCGGGGAGCCCUGUACCUGCCCCGGGGAGCCCCGCACAGCCCCGGGGACAGUCUGUGCUGCCAAUCGGCUCCGGGAGUCCCUGCACCAGUCCUGGGGAGCAUGUACCAGCCCCAGGGAGCCCCACACAAUCCCGGGGAGCCCUGCACAGCACCGGGGAGCCCCACACAAUCCCGGGGAGCCCCGCACAGCACCGGGGAGCCCCGCACCAGCCCCAGGGAGCCCGCACAGCCCCGGGGAGCCCCACACAAUCCCGGGGAGCCCCGCACCAGCCCCGGGGAGCCCGCACAGCCCCGGGGAGCCCCGCACAGCCCCGGGGACAGUCUGCGCUGCCGUUCGGCUCCGUGGAAGCUCGGCACUAGCCUGGGCUUCGAGGCGGAGAAUGCGAUCUGCGGCCGGCGGCCGAUGCUCGGUGCUGCCUCAGGUACUCUAAGUUAUUAAUUUAUGCGGACGCCGUGGUGUCCCCAUCACCGCGUUCUCCUGGCUCCUCACAGUUUUGUGAACCUGGACGGCCACGCCUGGUUGACAGAACCGGCCAAAGACACAAGGCAUGCGGCCCGCGGGCCACGGGUUUGACAUGCUUGCCACAGACAGAAACAGCCGCUGUCACAGGGGUCAGCUUCUUAACGAUCAGGCGAAGGAAGCCCUACGCUUGCAAAAACCGCACCCAGACGCCCUGCUGGGUUCGCCGUGCUGGGUUCUCCCCCCCCCCUUCCUCUCUGAAGCGUCUGAAAUCACAUGUUAGCACCCAUCGGAGGAAGAACCCUAAGUUACUCGAAAGUUCUCUGGAGGCGUCCUAUGGUCCGGGCUCAGCUGCAGAAAGAACACUUGCAGCUGCCUGUUGCGCAUCACAGAGCGAGAUGGGUGACGUCCUCAUCCUCACUGCCAUGAGCCAUCCCUCAGCCUCUUCCUCUCCAGCUGUCUGCCGCAGAGCCAUUUGCACAAGGACGUCCUGCGGACACUGUCCGACGGCAGGCGAGGCACAAUCCCGCGUCCGCGCUGUCCCCUGGGGCAGCGGUCGGCAAACUCGGCAGCCCACAGAGCCGACUAUCCCCAGCACAACCAUCGACAUUUCUUUGGAGAGCCAAGUUUUUAAACUUAAACUUCUUCUAAUGCCACUUCUUCCAAACAGACUCGCCCAGGCCGUGGUGUUCUGUGGAAGAGCCGCACUCAGGGGCCAGAGAGCCGCACGUGGCUCGCGAGCCACGGUUUGCCGACCACGGCCCAGGGGUCACGGCAGCCGUCGUCAGUGCCUGAAGCAGAGGCGGAGCGGACCAAGGACCCCGUCUGCCGCCCGCAAACGAGGCCUCAGCGAGCUCCCCCGAGCCCCCCUCGGUAUCUAGGCAACAGGGUACUCGGGACCGUGGGUGGUGAGGCCACGGCACACAUGCGCACACGUGCACACACACACGCACAUGCACACACACACGCAUGCCGCCAGCUCCUCAGCCGUGACAUCAGGACUAACUCCCUGGAAGCACCGCGCCGUGGCAGGCGGCGUUACUGCCCACGAGCAGACACGGGGUCGCUGUGACCGCAGUUACACUCAGGACCAGUGUUAAGGCCAAAACAGACGCGGAGAAGUUCUCAGACUUUUUAGGGUGUGUGUGUGUGUGUGUGUGUGUGUGUGUGUGUGUGGAGACGCCCCAGUCCUCCUGCGGGAGGAAGAGGGGGUGGGCUGGGCUGCGUCGGAGAAGCCAUCCCCGCGUCAUCGCGGGCCCCGGACGGCUGCAGUCACGGCAGCCCCAUCCCUGCAGCUCUAGCCUCGCACCCCUGCUGCCCGCACGAUAUGUUAAAGGGGCAGGACUUCCAAGAUGCAAUACCCUGUUUCCCUG